UCAGUAUGUCGUUGGGUUACUUUUUAGUAAUCUUGACAUAGGGAUGGGGCUGAAAUUAAGUGUGUAGGUAUUAAAUGUUUAAAUAUACUUGCCUGAAAACGACUGAGAAUUAGGAUAAUUCCUUCUAAUUCGGUGAUUUCAGAGAGGAACGUGUAAAACUGUUGUGUUUCUUCACUUUCGGGUGUGGCCUGGUGGGCUCAGGUGUGGUUGAUUAAAAUGUCACGACUUUGAAGGUCAGGGUAUCUUUAAAGAGCUGUGACGGAGGAAAGGGGCGCUUAUUUAAUCUGAACGCAGGUGUCAACUAGUUGUCGAAGAUAUUACAUCUUAAACGCCAUUGUUAAUAGGACGUUGUUUACGCACGAAUUAAUUGAUAUUAAAAACCACUGUUGCGUCUUAUUAAGGACUAAUAAGAGUGACGGGACGGCAACCUUUAAGGCAGAGAAAAUUGUUUGAUUUGCAAGCAUCUGAUCGUGCAUCCACAGACAGCUAAUUAUGUCAAAUUCAAGUCCUUUGUAUCCAACACAUUUUGGGGCUCCUGCAUUGUUCUUACAACCUUCUGCUCCAGUGCCUGUACCCUGUAUGUCCUCUGAAGAAAGCUUUUGCUAUGGUCAUUUUUCACCUGGAGCAUAUGAUUGCCGUACUCAGAAUGAACUAGAGUUGAGUCCAGUUGCAAUGGCACCAUUUUUUGCAGGUCCCUGUUACAUGACUACACCAGUGUAUGUAGCUGAUAAAGCUGCUUUAUGCCAUUUUUCCAGGAUUACUAAUCCAGUGGGAGCACCUUUCCUAACGUGCAUACGUAUGAGCACAGAUCAUUUCAGCAGAUUCCAGGGACCAUCCUCCGUACCAAGUGUGGCGUCGUCUGUACAUGUUACUGAAGUGAAGACUUACUAUAGUGUCAAGAAAGAAAUACUGAACAGGCAGUUGCGUGAUUUGUGUUGUCAAGCAGUCUGCUUAGAAGUUGAUGACGCAAGGCUUCUUGGAUGGUAUAUUAAGUUAUCUUCUGAAGACAGGCAAAUAAUAAAAGCUGAGGGAAGUCUGACUGAUUACCUGAAAAAGAACCCCUAUUUGGAAGUCAUUAAUAACUUUGUGCGUUUAAAAGCUCCAAGGAAGACUGGCUGGUUGUCUGCAGGGGAAGAAGUAGCUGAAAUGCCAUAUUUAAACAAACCAAAAAUAGCUUCAUCUUAUGGUGAUUGGCGUUGUGGGAGCUGUGGGUUCACUAACAGCUUGGAUGUUUUGGACUGCACAAAUUGUCAGAAACUGAAGAAGUCGUCUGAAGAGAAUUUUUCUUUAAAAGAUGAAAAUGUUACCCGCAGUAACAGUGAGAAGAUGAUGAAUACAUGCCCUCUAGGGGAAAACGCAGUUUGUCCUGUAACUGUUGGUGAUAAUCACAGAAGUGCUGAUAAUUGUAUGAAAGGAAAUCAGUACAGCCACAAUGUUGAGUGUGACUAUAAGGCUAUACCAAAGUCAAGUUUAAAACUGAAAUUGCCUUUUAACAUAAAAUCCUCAAAGAAAAAGUCCCUUGAACUGCUGUCACACAGAGGUGUAUUAGUUCCAGCUCAAGAAAUAGAUGAUACUUCAGGACCCAUAUUAGCAUCUAAAAAUUUUGAGGCCUUGAAUGUGUCCUUAGACACAGAGUUUGAGAUGUUCAGAAAGGAAAAUGAAGAAGGCUUUUGCAGUGUCAAAACUAAUCUGCAUGAAGAAGUAGCCAGUUUGACACCCAGUAAUAUAUAUGAGACUGAAAAACGUCAUUUAGUUGAGAGUGUAGCACAGGAAACAUUUUCACAGUAUGGCAGCCUUGACAGCCGUAGAAUUUGUAGAUACGUGAGUGAGCACAUUUGUAGUGCACCUUGUGAAGAUAUGAAUACUACAACCACUGAACAUAAAGUCUUGCAUGCUGGUACUGUAGCAGUUAAAAAUAAGGAAUGCAGUGGCACUUACAGUGAAGACUCAAUAAAUCUGUCCUUUGUCUCUGCUUCUGAAUCUGUGGGAACUGUUGAUAAGCAAAUAGUUGAAUUGAAUGAUGCUUCAGUUAACACAGAACAUAAACUCCAGGACUCUGAUUUCCCAACUGCUUGUUUAAGUAUGAAUUCCAGUGAUGAAGUAAAUGAUGUAUAUCAAAUCAUGAUUGAAACAGCAUCUCUAAAUACUGUUAGUGAGAAAGCCAUGGGAACAAAGGAGAGAGGUGGUUGUGCAGUAAAGUUCUGUUCACAUGAUUUGCAGAGUGAAUUUGCAGAUGGAACACAAUGCAUUGCUUCAGAAGAGAAGAAAGAUGCACCAUGGUGUCAGGCUGAAGGCAGCAGCAACAGCAGUAGUACUGCUUUUUUGUUCAAAACAGUGAGUAAUACAAAAUGGAAGAUGUUAUUAGAAGAUUCAAGAAUACUUUCUCCUGAAGUACUUGAGAUAGCUGCUGAUGCAGAAUUAAAAGACUCUUUUGUAACUGUGGAUGAGAAUUUUGAUACUGAUAGAGUCAUGGUGCAGAGAAAGGGUGAAAAGUCCUGCAAAGGAAAUGAUAUAGCUAAGCAAGAUAAACUUUGUUUAAAGUUGAUUGAAGACAGUAGUGCUUCGGAUGAUUGCCAUGAUAUCAGAACCAAGCUAAUUGUAAUGCAUCGGAAAUGUACUUCUUGCUUAGAUAAGAAACCCGGUAUAUCGAAGAGUGUUGAUGUGUCUGCAGACUUUAAGAAUUGUUUAAAAGUGAGCAGAAGUACCAUGACUAAACCUGACACAACCUCAAGAGCUGAUAACACUGAUCUUUCCAUGAUGAACAGUACAAAACCAGGCAGAAGUAAGAAUGGCAGUUACAGAAAUUCAGCUUGUAAUACAGAAAAAUGGCCCUUUUGUCAGAGUACUGUGGUAGAUCAAGGUUCACAGACUGUUUAUAGUGAAAUGAAAAAUAAGUGCAUCGGCACGGAUAAGCAGACCUUAGAAUGGAAUGCAGUUGUUAAGGUAUCCCAGAAGUGCGAGAAUAAUAAGGAAAGUAUAAAGAAAGGCGAAACGCGUUGCAGACUGAAAACGAUCAGCUUUGAAAUGAGAAGCUUUUUCAAAGAAAGCAACAGACUUGAAAAGGAAGAAGGCAACAUCAACAAAUUGCCCCUUUACAACAGGGAAGAGGAAGAAUGA